UCUAUAUAAACAACCUCCAAACAUUUCUCUAUAUAAACAACCUCCAACGGAAACCCAGAAAGCCACUCAUCUCUCUUAAAACUAAGUUACCAUGUCCAUUACCAUUUCCAUUCCCACUAUGAAACCAACUGAGAUCUUCCAAGAAAUUCUUGGAAGUUCUUAUUCAAGAAAAUUACUAUUUCAUAACCAUGAUCAGUCACCAACUCCAGCACCAUCCCCAUAUGCAGGUGAUAACAACUUUGAUGCAAAUGUUGUUAUGGUCCUAUCAGUCCUCUUAUGUGCACUCGUUUGUUCACUUGGACUCAAUUCUAUAAUAAGAUGUGCCUUGAGGUGCUCCAAUUUAGUACCCUCUGAAGCUGGUGACAACCACCCAGUUCGCCUGACCAACACAGGAGUCAAACGAAAAGCCUUGAAGAGUUUCCAGACAGUAAGUUACUCUACUGAAUUGAAUCUGCCUGGCCUAGAUACCGAGUGUGCUAUAUGUCUCUCAGAGUUUGUUUCUGAAGAGCGUGUGAAGCUGCUGCCAACAUGCAACCAUGGAUUCCACGUCCGGUGUAUAGACAAGUGGCUUAGUUCCCACUCGUCCUGUCCCACCUGCAGGCACUGUCUCAUCCAGACAUGCGAGAAGAUAGCCGAUUGCAGCCAAACAAGCUCGUUAAACUCCACUCAACCACCACAAGACAGCAUCAUUGUGCAAAUAGCACCACUACAACCGGAAAGAUGGUUACGCUGUUUUAGGUGAACUAGUCACCUAGAUAUUGUAGCAGUUGUGUUUCAAACACGACUAAACCACUAUGUAAGUAGAACUAGUUGAGAUCAAAAGCGGUCUACACUUAAAAGCAAGUUUAGCAUUUCUACUGUAAAGUUGUAAAUAUUACGAGAAAUUGUUACUUUCUUCGUAUCUUGAACUCCUAAAUGUUAAUAUUUCAA